CUGUGAGACUUCCUGAGUUGGAGGGGUGGAGACGUACAAAGCAGCUUGACUAGUGCUAGUGUCUACAUUCCACAAGUUGCAUGAGUUAUCAGGUGGCAGUACCUUGAAGGGUUAGCUAGAAAGCAGUUGAAGAUUAUUUCUUAGUUUCGAGCAGCAGAUAAAACAAGGAUGAUAACAGGAUAUUCUGAAACUUUCUUUUUUCGAAUAAACCAAAGGAUAUUUUGAAAGUAUAAGAGUUGAGAGUUCAAGAAGAAUCCUGGCGGAGAUGAGGAAUCCCCGACUGCCAGGGAUGGAGCGGUUGAAGUUCAACAUAAAAGAAGGCAAGCUUAGCAAGCAGUUGGAUGAAAGUUCAGGUUUCAUAAGAAAUCAGAAUUUUCGGAAAAGCUGUCCCAUUAUGACAUCAACGCCGGAAAAGCUUUUCAGAAGGAGAAAACCUUUUUUGCCCAUAACUAGUCGAAAUACGUCGCGUGUACUGAACAACAGUGACUUGGAACUGAGUGUUGAGGGUCUGGAUUUAAGUUCCGAUGAUAAUUCUUUAGCAGUGAACACUUCAACCAGACUGAUACCUCUUUCAAGCGAUCGGAAGAUUGGGGAGGUCAGCUCCUCAAGACGGAUCUCUCUUCCGAUAUAUGGUAGUUUACGCAUGCGUAGAUCACACCAGAAGUUCCUCGAGAUUCACGAGGCUUUUUCUGACGUCAGAUUACUUUCGGAUACUGUCUCGGAAUGUGUUGUUGACGGUACUAUCCACCAGCCGUCUCCGAAUUCGCCAGUUCUUCUCAAUCGGGAAUUUGAUUGGAAGAAUUACCGGUCGUCCACCCACUCCUCACGUAUGUCGACAUCAUCACAAAGCUCUUACACCAGCGAAGACGAAGUCUGGAUUCCAAGAAAGCAUUCAGUAUAAGAUGGAGGUUAAAAAAACGAAACUAUUUAGUCUAAAGCAUCAGUGUAAAAAUGUAAACAUAUUUUUUAUAAGAAAUUCCUUUCAUCAGCUGGCUGAUGAAUGAUGUUUAAUUACUUGUGUAGUUUGCUGAUAUUUAAUUGGCGUGUAAUUUAAACUCGAAUAUUUAGCAAGAGAGGGAUUUAAGUUAACCGAUCAAACAGAAGUCUUACAUAAACACUGUGAUAAGAGAAGCGACUUUAAAACUCGUUGCGAGCUUUUAAUAAACAUCUUUUGACAGGGAGAGGGUGCGCAGGCGAUUUUCACCGUUUUUUUCUUUCUAUAACUUGUUUUAUUCUACAUUAAAGUUUGAAAAUUUUGUUUUGUUUAAAAAUCCCUAAGUAGAAUAGAGUGGUUAUAGAAGUUGUAUUGAUAUUUUUGAUGUUUAGUUUAGUAUGUAUUUUAAAGAUCUGAAAAUAAAGUACCUCGCCAACAAAACGCCGUAAAUGUUAUAUUUAAAGCAUUGAAAUCA